AGGCCUUGAACUCACUAUGUAGCCCAGCUCAGUGCUGGGAUUAUAAAUGUAUGCCACCACGCCCUGGGUUGUGGUGGUUUUGGACGUCGGCAGAGUCUCACCGCCCAGCACCCCUGCCAGCUCGGCUCUGAAGAGGUCAGGGUGUUUUUAUUGUUGUUUUGUUUUGUGUUGAGGGGGCGUGGAUUGAGGCAAGGUCACCUUAUGUAACUCAGGCUGGCCUCAAACUUGCGAUCCUCCUGUCUCAACCUCCUGAGUGCUGAGAUUGCAGAAGUGCAUUAUGGCUUGUUUUUAAAAUAUUAUUUUUAUUGCAGGAGACACUAAGAAAACAGAAAAAUCCCAAAAUCAAUAUAGCCCAUAAGGAACCCAGAUUCUUCGUACUCAAGAAAUAGCAGAGGCGGUAGGAGCUUCUCUCUUGGCUGGCUCAGUUGCCCUCAGAAUUCUUGCGGGAGAAGUCCUGUUUAAUGCCCCCCUACUUUGCUCCUCAGCCUGGAAAUCCCUUUAUCGGCACUCCCUGCCCUGCGGUUUGGGCUGUUCGGUAACCUGCCGGCUCCAGCUGACGGCAGGAUCAUCCGAGGCAAAUGAGACAGUGCAGAUUCGUGGGCCCAGCCCCACCAGAGAGGUCUGGCUCCUUAGGUGUACCUUGAGGCUCGGCCCUCCCCCGCCCCUUGAGUGUCUAAAGGCUGUUGAAGGGAUUAGGGAGCCGCCGUUCUCAGGCAUUCGGAAGUCUGGCCACCAGAGGGCGCAGCAGGCCGGGCUUGGCGGCUCUCCUUUACGGUCUAGUUCCUGCAGACAGGUUGAGGUCAUCAAGGACUUGCUGGACCGCCAGCCGGCGAAGGUUGAGCUGUGUCCAGGUGGGGUGGAGCUUCCCCAGGCGCAGGAAGCGCGGUGGCUCAAAGAGAGGCUCGCAGCCAGCACUGGGCUCCUGCUGGGGCCCUGGUCCUUGUUCACCUGGACUCCAGAGCUCAGAGAGGCCAGGGCCAGGCCUGGAAUCUGGGUCAACCUCUAGGGGCACUAUUUACCCAACUCCGAACUCAGUGUCUGUCGGUCGAUUCUGAGGAAAACGGAAUUCCAAUUAAGGGCAAAGACUUGAAAAGCUGCUUUGCCUCCCAGCGCUGGGCUUUGUCUCAGCAGGGCUGCGGGAAAGGGUGGACCCCAGAAGUCCAGCUGCUUGUCGACUCUGAGUGCCCAGGGAUGGGACGGGGACUGCUGGCCAGGGAUGGAUGCCAGCCGGCGGUACCCUGGUUCCGCAGCUGCGGGUAGCCCUGGUGAUUCAGCUUCCUUCUGCUGCCCCAGAUGGGGCACCGCCCUGGGCUGGGAGGAAGGCGGAUGCUGGGGUAGAAGGGGCGAUGGAAAGACCGUAAGGGACCCCGUGGUCCAGCUCUGCUGGCUGUCGAGAUCACACAAGACAGCUGGCCGGGGAUCAGUCGAGCCUGGAACUUGUCCUAGGAUGUAGCCUGUGGGUCCCUCUUCAAUGCCCUAUUCCAUGAAGACGGCUCUGCGGGAUACUCCGGUGUCUCCAGCACUGUGUGGGGUCUCCGUGGGGAACGCUGGAGAGAGAGGGCCCUAGUCUUCAGCCGAGGCGGGGGCAGACAGGCUAGGGUGACAGCUCCAGCCAGGGGUCUCUAAACUGCGGACAGCCGAGGCGGGAGGAGGAGCCAAGCGGGCUGCCCGGCCGAUGGGGGCGGGGCUCCGAGCGCUGCCUGGAGGCGGGGCGAGACUGUCCGGGUUCCCGGGCGGGGCCUGGCCGGGGCGUCGCUGGGGUCUCAGCCCUGCUUUACCCGUGCCGGCGCGGAAGAGGGUGGGCUGAGAGCGCCCCGCUGGACUGGGCUGGGCUGGGCUUUAAGCCGGGCGGGAGCCUGGAGCCACAGCCUCGGUGGAGCAGCCUGGAGGCACAUCCCGGCCGGAGCGCAGGCCGUGGGGGAGCCAAGCCGAGCUCGGCUCCUGGCACGGAUCGGAGCAGCGCGCGGGGGCCCGCGUGUCAGCCCGUCUCCCCGCCGCUGUCGGAGGCAGCGAGCCGCCACUUCCCGGGUACCACCAGGCGCGGAGCCCUCAUCGUGUCUGCCGGGCCUGCUCACCGCCUGAGCACGCAGGAGGACCGGGAAUCAAGAUCUCCACCCUCACGGCCUGGGGACGGAAGAGGAAAAAAGGAAAAAGGAUUCCACCGAACAGCACAGCGUGGACGCUGGGCGAGGAGGAGAGCGGAGACCUCACCUGGCCCCGGGAAGCGGUGUACGGAGCUUCCUAGGCCAGGCUUGGACACCAGCGUUCCCAGCCAGCGGCCACGGUCUCGGCUCUGCCCGUUCUGAGACACCAGAUCUCCAGACCUCCGCUGGCCAAAGCCUGGAAGAACCUCCGUGCCCUCACCUGAGACUGGCCCAGGGCCCAAGACACAGUAUCUGGCCGAGCCCAAAGCUGGGAUCUCUGGUGGCCUGGAGCUGGUCGCUGGGGAGGCUGCCUCCUGCUCCAGCCCCACUGGUGCGGAUGUGCCGCUGUCCUCCGGAGCACCAUGAAGGCAGGAUGACCUCAGCCGAAGCAGAAGCAGUGACUGGAAGUGCUCGGGUGGCUGGACCCCCUGAGUGGUCCCCUAGCAGCCCCCAGGUCCUCAGGCGCCCUGGCAGGGCCCGGGUGGCUGUGGCGGCGCUGGUGUGGCUGCUGGCAGGGGCCAGCAUGUCAAGCCUUAACAAGUGGAUCUUCAUGGUGCACGGCUUUGGUCGGCCCCUGCUGCUCUCGGCACUACACAUGCUGGCGGCAGCUCUGGCGUGCCACUGGGGGGCACGGCGCCCCGUGCCGCAGAGCACCCACCGCCAGGUGCUGCUGCUCAGCCUCACCUUCGGCACCUCCAUGGCCUGCGGCAACGUGGGCCUAAGCACUGUGCCCUUGGACCUGGCGCAGUUGGCCACUACCACCACUCCACUGUUCACACUGGCCCUGUCUGCGCUGCUGCUUGGCCGGCGCCACCACCCGCUGCAGUUUGCUGCCAUGGGCCCUCUCUGCCUGGGGGCUGCCUGCAGCCUGGCCGGAGAGCUCCGGGCACCCUCUGCCGGCUGUGGCUUCUUGCUGGUGGCCACCUGCCUUCGAGGCCUCAAGUCCAUUCAGCAGAGUGCCCUGCUACAGGAGGAGAGGCUGGAUGCGGUGACCUUGCUGUAUGCUACCUCUAUGCCCAGCUUCUGCCUGCUGGCAGGCGCCACCCUGGUGCUGGAGGCUGGUGUGGCCCUGCCACCCGCGCCCGCUGACUCCCGCCUGUGGACCUGUGUGCUGCUCAGCUGCGUCCUGUCUGUGCUCUAUAACCUGGCCAGUUUCUCCUUGCUGGCGCUCACCUCUGCUCUCACUGUGCAUGUCCUGGGCAACCUCACUGUUGUGGGCAACCUUGUCUUGUCCCGGCUUCUGUUUGGCAGCCACCUCAGUGCCCUCAGCUACGUGGGCAUCGCACUUACCCUUUCAGGAAUGUUCCUUUACCACAACUGCGAGUUUGUGGCCUCGUGGGCAGUCCGCCGGGGACUGUGGCAGAGAGACCAGCCGGGCAAGGGACUUUGAGACCUGGGGAAGCUUGUGAGUCCCACCUCAGACAGCCCCAGUCCGACCUCGGCCAAUGGCUGUGGGAACAGUGGCGAGCAGGCAGCUGCUACUGGGGCCAAGAGAGACGGGAACAGGGUCUCCCUCCCUGCCUGCCUCACCUUGUCACAGACCCCACCCACCACUGGAUGGUGGGUCCAAACCAGGCACGGUCGCUGUGCCUGUCGGGGUAAUCAUUUCAUUAAUAUCAACUACUAUGCCAAAAUUUGCUGGGCAAACUUUGACAACUUCAGCGGGUUACGAUGACCGUGAUGGUGGUAAUUCUUGACGGUUGCACAGUCCUCCCUCCAGCAGGGAGGGCAGCGGAGAAAGGGCUUCUUCCGGGGAGUUGGGACAGUCUGUGCCAACUCCAGGCAGCUGCUGUGGCCUCACUCCUGGGCCCCCCAGUUUUGGGUCUUCCGUCCUUAAAUAAACUAUUUUUGCUUGGA